AUGAAGUUCCAGGCCUCCUUUGUUACGCUUCUGGUCGUUGUCAGCGCCGCCAUCUCGGUCGCCGACGCCAAGACCCCCGCCACGGCCAAUAAGCGCCCUUCCAACCUCAACCGUCGCGAUGAGGCUGCUACUCUCCAGAAGCGUGGCAGUCUGAGCGGCUUCGCCGGCCGCUUCUUCCGCCGCGACGGUGGCGGCGCUUACGACGGCGCUGCUAACCAGGACGCCGACGCUAGCACUGGCGACAUCUCGAAUCCCAACGCGGCCAACAACGACGGCACCACCAAGGAGGACUACAGUGACAAGCCCAAGAAGAACGGCCAGGGUUCGUCAGGCCAAGAUGGUUCUAAGCGAGAGGGUUACGCCGACGAUUCGGCUAACGAUGCGGAUGCCAAGCCUCAGCAGCCUGGGGCCGAACAGCCCGAACAGCCCGAACAGCCCGAACAGCCCGAACAGCCAGAACAGCCCGAACAGCCUGAGCAGCCUGAGCAGCCUGAGGACGACAACUCGAAGCAGCAGAGUAACAACACUCCUCAGCAGCCUGGCGUGGACGGAACGCAGCAGGAGGGCUAUGGGGACAACGGCUCGGUGCCGCCCCAACCUCAACAGCCUCCAUUCGACCAGCCUCAACAGCUCCCGGGUGACCAGCCUCAGCAGCCUCAGGAUCAGGGUCAGAAGCAGAAGGAGGACGAGGUCCGUCAGAAGGAGCAGGAGAAGGAGCAGAAACGCCAGCAGAAAGAGCAAGAGCGUCAGCAGAAGGAACAGCAAAAGCAACAGGAGAACGAGCAGAAGCGUCAGCAAAAGGAGCAGGAGCGUCAGCAAAAGGAACAGCAACGCCAGCAACAGGAGCAGCAGAAGCAGCAGCAGGGCCAGCCUCAGCCUCAGCAGCCUCAGCAACCCGAUCAGGGGCAGCCCGAGCAGCCCGACACCGAGGAGCUGCAGCCUGUUAACUCUGGCGACACCAACCAGCCGAUCACUCCUGACGAGUUGGAGCAGAGCCCCAUCCCCGUCAACAAUGUUCAGGAUGCUCCGGCCUUGGACAAUUGCCCCAAGCUGCCCAAGAAGGGCGGUGGUGAGGCUGACACUGCUCCAUGCUUCGCCAAGGAGGCGACGCGCAAGGACAUAUGCUCGGCGUUGAAGCAGUUCGCUGUCGACACCGUGAAGCUCGGCUGCUCGGACGACGAGUGCAGCGAGGACGCCAAGGACUUCUCGAACCAUGCCUGCAACAAGAAGAAGCAGUGCGACUUUGGCUGGGACAACAGCUGUGACUUCUACCUCCACAUGGGCUUCAGCAACGUGCGCAAGUUUGGUUGUGGUGCAGCUGGCGCUCAGCAGCAGCCUCAACCCGAUUUGCAGGGUGGUGACGACGACACCGAGCAGCAGCAGCCUCAGCCUCAGCAGCCCGGCUCGCAGGUUGACACUGACAGCCCCAACAAGCCUGGUUGGACCAUUGACGGACCAAAGCAGCCGUGGACUCAGCCUGACUCACAGGGCGGCGGCAAAAACAGCCCUCAGCCUGGCAGCGACUACGGUGACGAGGACUGCGAGGAAAGCGAGGACCAGGGUGCCGAUCAGAACGGUCCUUACGGUGGCAAGCUCAAGGGUGACGACACUGAGGAUUCUCCUUACGGCGGCAAGCCCCCUGGCGAUAACGACGCCGAGGCUUCUCCUUACGGUGGAAAGCCGACUGGCGACGACGACAGUGAAGCUUCUCCUUACGGCAGCAAGCCCAAAGAUGACGACGCCGAGACCUCUCCUUACGGUGGCAGCCCCGACAGCGACGACAAGUCCAACGGCGACGCUGACAAGGCAGCUCCUUACAACGCUGGCGCUAACGGCGAUGCUGACAAGAAGCCCGAGGACUGCGAGAAGGACAAGAAGAAGGAAGGUGACGACACUAGCGACGACACUGCUGGCGACGACGACGAAGACGCCGACAAGUCGGAUGACAAGACUGCUGACGAGAUCACUGACGACAAGACCACUGUCGGUCAGAAGAAGGCCGACGGCCAGACAGCUGGCACUGACGACAAGUCGGACGACCAACCGGACGACUCCAACUUGCAGUAA